AUGUGCGAGGAGCACAGCUGGCUAUUCAGCGGCUGCCGUCACACAUGGCGAGCGAAAAGCCACUGCGAGGCCGCAAGGCGCGCGAAACGACAAGCCGAGAGCGGAUGCUGCGGCCUAUGGUCUAGCACGCCGAGAAAGGUCUGCCAGGUGAGACACGAGACUCACUAUGAUCCCCGGCCCUGCCGCCAGUGCCAAAGGGCUGCCCGCGAGAGGAUCGACCGAGAAGCACGCGAAACAGCUGAAGCAAGGGCCCAGGCCAAGCGGGCAGCGGAGAAGUACGGAUGGCGGGCUGCCGCCCUGCGCGGCGGUAACGGUGUCGGUGCCAGCGAGGGAACCGGGAGGGACUCAUACAUCAGCACCGGACUGUACCAGCAAGCGGCGAAUAUCCUCCCGGAGAGUGGGUACAGGCGACAAGUGCCGCCGCCGCCCGGUCGCGCGGCAACAACCAGAAUGCCUAGAGGUUACACGAGGAGAAUUGGCGCAUCCGAGGUCCUGCCUCCGCUUCCCAUAGCUUUGACUCGGGACCAAGUCCGGAGAGGCGCGGGUGGCCCCGACGGUCGCGGACGCUGGCGCCAACAGGACCCGGAACCAAGCCAACGAGACAGGCGCGAAAUCAGGGAUUCGUACCACAACAUGAUGCGUUCCGCAGGCUUCCCCCUACCUCUGCCACAGCAGAGACACGAAGCCUCGGACAAGCACGAUGAACCGCUGCCUGACGACGACUUUCUGGCCAUGGUGAGCCGCGUUGGGUGA